UCAUCAGCAGUCGCCGAUGUAAACAGAGGCGACUGAAGGUUUUUCCGGGAUGUUGUUAUCACAUCGUUCACAUCUCAAAUAAACCGACGCUUUUAGUUGAAGUAACUAAAGUGACAAACCUGUAAGAUAUAUAAAUAUCAUCUGUACUAAAGCAGAAGAAUUACAUUCCCAGGAGGACAUGGCGGCCCCGGAUCUGAAGGUUCUGGUUACCGGGGCAACGGGUCUGUUAGGUCGAGCCGUGUGCAGAGAAUUUGAGAACAGCAGCUGGUUUGUCAUUGGGACUGGGUACAGGAGAGCCAGGCCCCGCCUCCUUCGCUGUGACCUCACGGACGAGGACGCCAUCAGACAACUCCUGCACAAGUACAAGCCUGAUGUGAUCGUCCACUGUGCCGCAGAGAGACGUCCAGAUGUGGUAGAGAGACACACAGAUGCAGCUGUUAACCUCAACGUAAACGCCACGAGCACGCUCGCCAAGGAGGCAGCUGCGUGUGGAGCGUUCUUCCUCUACAUCAGCAGCGACUACGUGUUUGACGGACGGAGUCCUCCGUACGGAGAGGACGACGCCCCCAACCCGCUCAACGUCUACGGGCGAACGAAACUGGAGGGAGAGAGAGAGGCACUGAGGCACUGUCCAGGUGCGGUGGUUCUCAGGGUGCCUGUUCUGUUCGGGGAGGUGGAGUCAGUGAUGGAGAGCGCCGUCACCUCGCUGUGGGUCAAAGUUCAGGAGGCCACAGAGACCUGCCCCCUGGAUCACUUCCUGCAGAGGUUCCCCACCGACGCCCGGGACGUCGCCGCUGUCUGCAGGAAGCUGUCCGAGAGAGCAAGACAGGAUCCGUCUCUCCGAGGCAUCUUUCACUUCUCGUCUAAUGAGCAGAUGACCAAAUAUGAGAUGGGCGUGGCCAUCGCUCAGGCCUUCCAGCUGCCGUCCAAUCACCUGAUUCCUAUGACAGAGCAGCCCGCCUCCUCCUCAGCUCUUCGUCCAAUCAACAGUCGUCUGAACUGUUCUCGUCUUCAGCUGCUGAAUCUGAACGUGGAGCCGCGACCUUUCACCUCUGCCAUCACUGACUGUCUGUGGCCGUUCACACCCGACAAACGCUGGAGACAGACAGUGUUCCACUGAGAGACAGACAGGGAGAGAGACAGACAGACAGAGUUCCACUGAGAGACAGACAGGGAGAGAGACAGACAGACAGAGUUCCACUGAGAGACAGACAGGGAGAGAGACAGACAGAAAGAGUUCCACUGAGAGACAGACAGGGAGAGAGACAGACAGACAAGGAGGGAGACAGACAGACAGACUUCCACUGAGAGACAGACAGGGAGAGAGACAGACAGACAGAGUUCCACUGAGAGACAGACAGGGAGAGAGACAGACAGAAAGAGUUCCACUGAGAGACAGACAGGGAGAGAGACAGACAGACAGAGUUCCACUGAGAGACAGACAGGGAUAGAGACAGACAGACAGAGUUCCACUGAGAGACAGACAGGGAGAGAGACAGACAGACAAGGAGGGAGACAGACAGACAGACUUCCACUGAGAGACAGACAGGGAGAGAGACAGACAGACAGAGUUCCACGGAGAGACAGACAGGGAGAGACAGACAGAGUUCCACUGAGAGACAGACAGGGAGAGAGACAGACAGACAGAGUUCCACUGAGAGACAGACAGGGAGAGAGACAGACAGACAAGGAGGGAGACAGACAGACAGACUUCCACUGAGAGACAGACAGGGAGAGAGACAGACAGACAGAGUUCCACUGAGAGACAGACAGGGAGAGAGACAGACAGAAAGAGUUCCACUGAGAGACAGACAGGGAGAGAGACAGACAGACAGAGUUCCACUGAGAGACAGACAGGGAUAGAGACAGACAGACAGAGUUCCACUGAGAGACAGACAGGGAGAGAGACAGACAGACAAGGAGGGAGACAGACAGACAGACUUCCACUGAGAGACAGACAGGGAGAGAGACAGACAGACUUCCACUGAGAGACAGACAGGGAGAGAGACAGACAGACAGACUUCCACUGAGAGACAGACAGGGAGAGAGACAGACAGAGUUCCACUGAGAGACAGACAGGGAGAGAGACAGACAGACAGAGUUCCACUGAGAGACAGACAGGGAGAGAGACAGAUAGACAAAGUUCCACUGAGAGACAGACAGGGAGAGAGACAGAUAGACAGACUUCCACUGAGAGACCGACAGGGAGAAAGACAGACAGACAGAGUUCCACUGAGAGACAGACAGGGAGAGAGACAGACAGACAGACUUCCACUGAGAGACAGACAGGGAGAGAGACAGACAGAAAGAGUUCCACUGAGAGACAGACAGGGAGAUAGACAGACAGACUUCCACUGAGAGACAGACAGGGAGAGAGACAGACAGACUUCCACUGAGAGACAGACAGGGAGAAAGACAGACAGACAGAGUUCCACUGAGAGACAGACAGGGAGAAAGACAGACAGACAGUGUUCCACUGAGAGACAGACAAGGAGAGAGACAGACAGACAGUGUUCCACUGAGAGACAGACAAGGAGAGAGACAGACAGACUUCCAAUGAGAGACAUACAGACUUCCACUGAGAGACAGACAGGGAGAGAUACAGACAGACAGAGUUCCACUGAGAGACAGACACGGAGAGAGACAGGGAGAGAGACAGACAGACAGAGUUCCACUGAGAGACAGACACGGAGAGAGACACGGAGAGAGACAGACAGAGUUCCACUGAGAGACAGACAGACAGAGUUCCACUGAGAGACAGACAGGGAGAGAGACAGACAGAGUUCCACUGAGAGACAGACAGGGAGAGAGACAGACAGACAGAGUUCCACUGAGAGACAGACAGGGAGAGAGACAGACAGAGUUCCACUGAGAGACAGACAGGGAGAGAGACAGACAGAGUUCCACUGAGAGACAGACAGGGAGAGAGACAGACAGAGUUCCACUGAGAGACAGACAGACAGACUUCCACUGAGAGACAGACAGGGAGAGAGACAGACAGACAGAGUUCCACUGAGAGACAGACAUGGAGAGAGACAGACAGACAGAGUUCCACUGAGAGACAGACAGGGAGAGAGACAGACAGACAGAGUUCCACUGAGAGACAGACAGGGAGAGAGACAGACAGAGUUCCACUGAGAGACAGACAGGGAGAGAGACAGACAGAGUUCCACUGAGAGACAGACAGGGAGAGAGACAGACAGAGUUCCACUGAGAGACAGACAGACAGAGAGACAGACAGACAGAGUUCCACUGAGAGACAGACAUGGAGAGAGACAGACAGACAGAGUUCCACUGAGAGACAGACAGGGAGAGAGACAGACAGACAGAGUUCCACUGAGAGACAGACAGGGAGAGAGACAGACAGAGUUCCACUGAGAGACAGACAGGGAGAGAGACAGACAGAGUUCCACUGAGAGACAGACAAGGAGAGAGACAGACAGACUUCCAAUGAGAGACAUACAGACUUCCACUGAGAGACAGACAGGGAGAGAUACAGACAGACAGAGUUCCACUGAGAGACAGACACGGAGAGAGACAGGGAGAGAGACAGACAGACAGAGUUCCACUGAGAGACAGACACGGAGAGAGACACGGAGAGAGACAGACAGAGUUCCACUGAGAGACAGACAGACAGAGUUCCACUGAGAGACAGACAGGGAGAGAGACAGACAGAGUUCCACUGAGAGACAGACAGGGAGAGAGACAGACAGACAGAGUUCCACUGAGAGACAGACAGGGAGAGAGACAGACAGAGUUCCACUGAGAGACAGACAGGGAGAGAGACAGACAGAGUUCCACUGAGAGACAGACAGGGAGAGAGACAGACAGAGUUCCACUGAGAGACAGACAGACAGACUUCCACUGAGAGACAGACAGGGAGAGAGACAGACAGACAGAGUUCCACUGAGAGACAGACAUGGAGAGAGACAGACAGACAGAGUUCCACUGAGAGACAGACAGGGAGAGAGACAGACAGACAGAGUUCCACUGAGAGACAGACAGGGAGAGAGACAGACAGAGUUCCACUGAGAGACAGACAGGGAGAGAGACAGACAGAGUUCCACUGAGAGACAGACAGGGAGAGAGACAGACAGAGUUCCACUGAGAGACAGACAGACAGAGAGACAGACAGACAGAGUUCCACUGAGAGACAGACAUGGAGAGAGACAGACAGACAGAGUUCCACUGAGAGACAGACAGGGAGAGAGACAGACAGACAGAGUUCCACUGAGAGACAGACAGGGAGAGAGACAGACAGAGUUCCACUGAGAGACAGACAGGGAGAGAGACAGACAGAGUUCCACUGAGAGACAGACAGGGAGAGAGACAGACAGAGUUCCACUGAGAGACAGACAGGGAGAGAGACAGACAGACAGUGAUUCCAGGUUGAUGUGGAAUCAGAACCGGUUCAGUCCAGAUUGUAUCAAUGUAGAGUAAAGAACAUCAUAAUGAAAUCCAGAUUGGAUCUCUGGAUCCACAGGAAGUGACAGAUACACACUCCCUCACAAAACCUGACAAAAUAAAAGUCUCUUUUCCUCCAUCA